AUGCCGACAAAUGACCCACCGCGGGUCGUAAGCAAUAUUGAGAAGACUGCCAUAGAGGUUGCUCGGCCGCAGCAGCCAUUGCAAGACAUGGCACCGGAGGUCAACGCCGCCAGAAGACAGUCAAAAGCAUCACCUUCGAAAGAAGCAAAAGACCGCUCAGCCUCUUCCUUAUCGGCACGAAAAGAUGGACGACCAGUAGUGCCGGGGGCAGAAGAUGAGAAUGUCGAUGCUCUGGCAAACAAAGUGCGAUUGAGUGGAGAGAUCAAAUCAUUGUAUGAGCGACAGCAAUCUCACCCGGGGCCAUCGCCAGUCGAGCAAGCAGUCAAGGGAAGAUGGAGGAAAGACAAGAAACUAGGGCGUGCGCCUUCCUACUCGUCCAAUUCAUCGACGUCUGUCUCGUUCCGCCAACAUCACCCUAGUCUGGACGCAGCUACCUCAGGACAACUAGCAAGCAUGGUGGAAGGUGAAGCGCCGGCGCCAAGUCAACAAGUCACGUAUGAAAUGCCAGAGGCACAAGAGUAUCGCGCAAAAAUGAGCAAGAAGAUGGGCACAAGGCUUAUGGACGAUAGCAUGGGUACACGAGUAGAGAGCCCAGGACUCGUGCGCGAUGUCGAAGCAAGCGAGACUAGUGGUGUUGGAGGUCGGGUGCGUGGACGCCAGCGAACGGCAAAGAAUGCGGUAUGA